AAUCGCCGUCCGCCGCGGCGCAGCUCAAGACUGGCGAGACCGAGAGUUAGGGCCGACGCCAACCCCAGCGAUGGAUCGAAACGCACAGUCCGGCGGACUUGGCCCCCGCCAUGAUGCCUCGUCGAGAAUACAGAAGCCCGAGUCGGCAGCCGACCGCCUGGCGGCGCUCAAGGCUCGUGUGGCUGCCGCGGUUGGCAGCGCGAAGGCCAAGGGUGGCCUCAACACGCCUCUCCACCCCGCCCUCGCCGACCUCAACGCCCCCCUCAAGCCGGGCGAUUCUCUCAGGAGCGCGCUGGGCCAGCGACCAACAACAGCAGAUACUGCAAAAACGGCCAAGGGGAGGCCAGCAGGUCUCUCGGCGACGACGCAAGAUGGCCAACGAACGAACCCGUAUCUCGACACGGGCAGCGCCCCUGCGGGCAAGGCGAGAGAGCCGAGACAGCUCAUCUUCAACCAAAAGGGGAAAUACAUCCAGCAGGCGAACGCGCUGCGCAGGCAGGCGGCGCUGGAGGAGAUGAAGAAGAGGAUCGCCGAGCAGGCUCGCAAGGCGGGGCUGGAGGAGGACCGGGCGGCCGAGAAGGCGUUCGUGGUCGAGGCGCCUCCGGAUCUGGAAUGGUGGGACGAGGGGCUCGUGGACGGGAAAGACUACAGCAACAUUCCGGAGUCGAUCAAGCUCUCGACCUCGGACAGCAUCAUCACGGUGUACAUCCAGCACCCCGUCGCGAUCGAGCCGCCGCAGGACAAGCUGGCGCCCGAACCCAAGCCCAUGUACCUGACGCCCAAGGAGCAGCAGAAGCUCCGCCGGCAGCGGCGCAUGAUGGAGCUCAAGGAGAAGCAGGCCAAGAUCCGGCUGGGGCUCGAGCCGGCCCCGCCGCCCAAAGUCAAGAAGUCGAACCUGAUGCGCGUCCUGGGCGAGGAGGCGGUCAAGGACCCGACGGCGGUCGAGGCGCGGGUCAACCGCGAGAUCGCGGAGCGCUACAACAAGCACAUGCAGGCCAACGAGGAGCGCAAGCUGACCAAGGAGCAGCGGCACGAGAAGAUCGCGGCGAACCAGGCCAAGGACGCGGCCAAGGGGAUCCACGUCGCCGUGUUCAAGAUCGGCAGCCUCGUCAACGGGCAGCACCGCUACAAGAUCAACAUCAACGCGACGCAGAACGGCCUCGGCGGGGUCUGCAUCAUGCACCCCAAGUUCAGCCUCGUCAUCGUCGAGGGCGGCGAGCACAGCGUCAACAACUACAAGAAGCUCAUGCUGCGCCGCAUCGACUGGACCGAGUCGCUGCCGCCGCGCGACAGGGACGCCGCCUCCGCCGGCGGCCCCGCCGCGGGGCGCGACUGGCUCAAGAGCGAGGACGAGAACGGCCAGCUCAAGGACCUGUCGGCCAACAAGUGCGUGCUGGUGUUCGAGGGCGAGACCAAGGCGCCCGCCUUCAAGAAGUGGGGGAGCAAGGUGUGCGAGACGGACGCCGAGGCGCGGGAGUUCCUCUCCCAGCGGAAGAUGGAGAACUUUUGGACGCAGGCGAAAAGCAUCCCGAUGUGAGCCACACAACUUCGGCGGAGGCCGUUUUGGCGGAGGGAAGAAGCAGAGCAGUCUGCAACCUAUCACUGUACAUGUAUGGUUCUCUGUAAUCAAACAGGCAUUUCGGGCCCGGAGUACCAUCCAACGGCUUCAGCUCGUGUUACGAACCCCGUCGGCGUUUAUCCAUCCCUUCUGAGAUAGGGCAGUACGCCGUCGUGCUCUCCGACUCCCGGCUUUAAAGAAAAGGAAAGGGAAAAAAAAAUGGCGAGAUGCGGCCUUCCAGCCCUCCCUUGUCCGAACACUGACGGUUCCGACGCGUGCAAGUGGUCGAAAGCGGC